AUACUAGAGGAUGCCUCGAUAAUGUGUAAUUCGUGGUCUCCAAGACAUAAUGGCGAUCUUUUCUCUGGACUGAACGAUGGACUGAUAAGUAGGGCGGAAGCAUUGGCUGCCGUAGACAUUAAGCAUCAAGGAACGGGCGGACCAGGCGGUCUUCCACAACUCAAGCACGACAUGAUGUACCACCACAGUAUGGGAGCACCUCCACCGGUCAGUAGGCCACAUCACCAGAUGGGACACAUGGAUGGUUUGGAGAUGUUAGAUCCCAUAUCGUCUUCGUCUAUGACCACAUUAACACCCAUGUCUGAAACUCCAACGCAUAUGCAUUCCUAUGGAAUGAAUCAUGUUAUGAAUCAUCAUCACCACGGAGGACCAUUAUCAGGUCACAGUGCUCCAGCACAUCACCCGGCGAUGGCAGCGGCAGCUGCAGCUGCGGCCGUCGCCGGACUCCAUCCCGAUGCCGACACGGACCCCAGAGAAUUGGAAGCCUUCGCCGAGAGGUUCAAACAGAGGAGGAUCAAGCUGGGGGUCACUCAGGCCGACGUAGGUAAAGCCUUGGCAAAUCUAAAACUUCCAGGAGUAGGAGCCCUCUCCCAGUCGACGAUCUGCAGGUUCGAAUCCCUAACCCUCUCCCACAACAACAUGAUAGCGCUCAAACCCAUCCUCCAAGCCUGGCUGGAGGAAGCCGAGGCGCAGGCCAAAAACAAAAGACGUGACCCGGACGCGCCCAGUGUCCUCCCGGCCGGCGAAAAAAAGCGUAAAAGGACUUCAAUCGCGGCGCCGGAAAAACGCAGUUUAGAGGCGUAUUUCGCAGUGCAACCGCGACCGUCCGGCGAAAAAAUAGCCGCGAUCGCUGAGAAAUUAGACUUGAAAAAGAACGUCGUCAGGGUUUGGUUCUGCAACCAGCGACAGAAGCAGAAGAGGAUGAAGUUUGCUGCGCAACACUGACCGGAAGUAAAUUUCGGGUUUCCUGUAAAUUAGUGAUAUAGUGUGAUUAACAAUGUUCGUCAUGAAACGCGCUGA